GACAGAAUAUGAGUGGGGACCCUUCACUGUUUUACCCCAUCUUUCUUUCUUCACCUUCUUUUUCCUUUCAAUCUGCUUUUUUCUCUCAUGUCCUUUUCUUUACUACUCUUCCAUACUAUUCCAUCUUUCCAUGCUGCAAACCCUUUUCUCACUCUCCUCUUUUCACUCACACAUUUCGGCUUAAUUCUUCAGUCUUUGGCCAAAAACCAUUUUCCACUCUCAGGUAAGCCAAAUUCUUCUCUUACAACCUCCUAAUUUUGGGAAUGUAUCACUUAGUUUUGUGGAUUUUUCUCCUCAUUAACCCAAAAUCUUCCGUGAAUUGUUUAAAUGAAGAAGGAUUAGCACUUUUAUCAUUUAAACAGUCCAUUACUCAAGACCCAGAAAGUUCUUUGAGCAACUGGAAUCAAAGUGAUGAAAACCCUUGUUCAUGGAAUGGUAUCACUUGUAAAAACCAGAAAGUAGUUUCUGUUAGCAUUCCUAAGAAAAAACUUGUUGGUUUUUUACCAUCUUCUUUAGGCUCUCUUUCUGAUCUCCGCCAUGUUAAUUUAAGGAGCAAUAGAUUUUAUGGGCCUUUACCACUUCAGCUUUUCCAAGCUCAAGGACUUCAAAGUUUGGUACUUUUUGGUAAUUUCAUAUAUGGGUCAUUACCAAAUGAUAUUGGGAAGCUUAAAUUCCUUCAGAAUUUGGAUUUAUCACAAAAUUUCUUAAAUGGGUCUUUGCCAUCUUCAAUUCUUCAAUGUAAGAGGUUAAAAAAUCUUGUGUUGAGUCACAAUAAUUUCACUGGGAGUCUUCCAGAUGGGUUUGGAAGGGGUUUGGUUUCACUUGAGAAGCUUGAUGUUUCUUAUAAUAAGUUUAAUGGGUCAAUUCCAAAUGAUUUGGGUAACUUGUCUAGUUUACAAGGUACUGCUGAUUUUUCACAUAAUUUGUUUAGGGGUUCAAUCCCAGCUAGUCUUGGUGAGCUUCCUGAGAAGGUUUAUAUUGAUCUUACUUAUAACAAUUUGAGUGGACCAAUCCCUCAAACUGGUGCCCUAAUGAACAGGGGACCCACUGCUUUUAUAGGAAAUCCUGGGCUUUGUGGCCCUCCAUUGAAGAAUCCUUGUUCUUCAGAUUCUUCUGCUACAUCACCAUCUUCAUACCCUUAUUUGCCAAGUGAUUCUUCACCACAAGGGAAUGGGGAUGUUGGUGGGAAGAGUAAGGGGAAAGGGCUUAGUAAAAGUGCUGUAGUUGCUAUUAUAGUAUGUGAUAUUGUUGGCAUUUGUCUCAUUGGGUGGUUGUUGUCUUAUUGUUAUUCAAGGGUUGGGCCUUGUAAGAGUAAGGAUGAGAAGGCGGGGAGGGAGAGUAGGGAGUGUUGUUGUUUCAUCAAAGACGAGUCCGAAACUCUAUCGGAAAACGUUGAACAGUAUGAUUUGGUGCACAUGGAUUCCCAAGAGGGGUUUGAUCUAGAUGAACUUCUCAAGGCAUCUGCUUUUGUGUUAGGAAAGAGUGGGAUUGGUAUUGUGUACAAAGUGGUGCUUGAAGAUGGACUCACCUUGGCUGUGAGAAGACUAGGUGAAGGUGGUUCGCAGCGGUUUAGGGAAUUUCAAACUGAAGUUGAAGCAAUUGGGAAACUUAGGCAUCCGAAUAUUGUCACUUUAAAGGCUUAUUAUUGGUCUGUUGAUGAGAAGCUGCUUGUGUAUGAUUAUGAAUCCAAUGGAAGUCUAGCCACUGCUUUACAUGGGAAGCCAGGCAUGCUCACAUUCACACCACUAUCAUGGUCAGUCCGAUUACAAAUCACUAGAGGUAUUGCUAGAGGUUUAGUGUAUUUGCAUGAAUUCAGCCCGAAAAAAUAUGUUCAUGGCGAUUUAAACCCAAGCAAUAUACUGCUUGGACAGAGCAUGGAACCCAAAAUCGCAGAUUUUGGACUCGGGCGCCUAGCCAAUAUUGCUGGGGGAUCUCCUACUCUACAAUCUAGUAGGAUGACCUCUGAGAAAACACCACAAAAGCAAGCAGGCAGUGCACCAUCAGAAGCUGGUAGUUUCUCAGCUACGAACGCGAUUUCUUACUAUCAAGCACCUGAAUCCCUUAAAGCUGUGAAACCAUCACAAAAAUGGGAUGUUUACUCAUAUGGUGUAAUAUUAUUGGAAAUGAUUACUGGGAGAUCUGCUUUGGUGCAAGUAGGCACCUCGGAAAUGGACCUUGUUCAAUGGAUUCAACAUUCCAUUGACGAGAAGAAGCCUCUAAUUGAUGUUUUAGAUCCAUCUUUGGCUCAGGAGGCAGACAAGGAAGAUGAGAUAAUUGCUGUGCUGAAAAUUGCUAUGGCUUGUGUUCACAGUAGCCCUGAAAAGAGGCCGACGAUGAGACAUGUCUACGAUGCUUUGGAUCGAUUACCCGAGUUGAGUCCUUAAUCUGUUGUCUUAUCAAUGAAAGAUGCGGUCUUCCUUGAAGCCAAAUUUCUUUGUAAAAUGUUGUCAUUUUUAGGGGUGGUUUUUUUAAUGCAUUUGUUGCCCGUGAUCUCAGUCACUUUCUUGCUACUGAAGAGUAGGAUUUAGACUAGCCGUGUUGUAGGAAUAUGUACACUCUUUUGAGAGUUUUGGGUGUGUUUUUAACGUACAUGAUCGCAAGUACAUAAUGCCAAAUGUUGUCUCAUGUUCAUCUUCUUUUUGUGUUUGUAAUCUUUGCAGCAGAAAGCUUUUGUCUCGUUGUUGUUUGUCAAUAUAAUAGAAAUGUGAUUGUUUCUUGCCUA